AUGGGAUGCAUUUUCUUGGGAGUAAAUGGGUGUGUGCGCGCAUGUGUGUGCUUUUUUCUUCCAAAUAUGUACAUUAAGCGUAGUUUACCCUUUUAUUCCUCCUUUUUUGAUGAGAUAAACAACUUUAUCCGUUUUAAAGUCAAACGCGAUGCUUUUGACGAAACAUCUUAUCAAAAUUAUCACGUUUCCCCAAUUUCUAAAAUCAUUGUGUUGUGCAUAUCUGUUUUAUUUCUUGAAAAAAAGUUUCCUGCUUAUUUGUUCGCUUCAAAUUACAGACAAAUUUCUUAUUUCAAGUCUGUAGAAAACCAGACAAUCACAGAAUGUUUUUCCCUUUAA